GAUGCUUAAGUCAGCAAUAAUCGGAGCUACCUUUAAGGAGGAGAUAAGAAAAGCUUAGGGUUGGUUUCAAUUACCUUUUUGAUGUGGCCCGGGGGGGUAUUUAUAGGAUCCAAUGAGGAACCCACGUGGCAUGCCAAGCAAGAUAAUCGGAGCCUGACGUGUCUAUCCAAACGAUUAUUCCGGGACUGGGAAUUUGAGAGGUAUCCAGGUGCACGAGCGUCCACCAUACUUGCUGUGCCACUCAUCGUAAGGAAUCAGGGGAGGGUUGGGAAGGAGGUGGUACCCUUAGCAUCAGCUGAGACGGAGGAGGAGGUGCCAGCACUGAAGAGGAAGGGUUGGGAGGAGAGGAGGGCGCUGCAGAAGAAGCAGAAGGUGGUGGAGGAAAAGGGGAGUGGGGUGCCUGAGUUCGUACCUCAGCCUCCUCCUGUUGAGCUGGACCCCGAGCUCAGACAGUUGCAGGAGGGGGCUGAGGUAUGGGCUCCUGGUAAGGGGAAGGGCCCUGUUUCCCCUGCGGUGCCUCAGAGCAGCCUGUUCGAGGCAAAGAACAUGAUGAGGGCUAGGUGGUUCAUCAACAGCACCUUCCCCGAGGUGGACAAGCGCCAUGCGCGGGAGGAAGCUCUGAUGUGCUGGGGAGCAUCUGUUGUGAAGCACGUCCUUGAGAGGCAGUGUGACCAGCUGCAGAAGAAGGAGGAACUGGAGAAGAAAAACAAAGAUCUGCAAGAGUCGCUGGACGAGGUGGUUCCAACUGUGAAGCAGUUGGAACAGGAGAGGUCGUCCCUGGGCACCAAGCUCGGCUUUGAAGAGACGAAGCGAAAGAUCUCUGAAAGCGAGCGUGAGGCUCUGGCACAAGAAUUAAAGCUGACGAAGGAGGCCUUCUUGGAGCUGAAGCGGAAUGUGCAGACCUUGGUGCACAAUGGGAUGAAGGAGCACAUUAGCAACUUCAUCAGCUCCAGCUCGUUUGACAACAUCGUCAACCUAUACCGGCUGCCUAUUGCCAUCAUCGCGUUUACGGACUGCAGGAAGAAGGUGAAGGCAGAAUAUCCCGAAGUGGAUAUUACGAAGAUCACCUUCGGAGAGCAAGAAGAAGGAGUGGAGGAAGAUGGGGAGAGCAUGUCAGCAGACUUUCGUCCUCAGAUUAAACUGAGGUGGGAGGAUGAUGCAAACGGACGUGCUGUUUUCCCUCCACAGUUCGACUUCGAGUUCGUGGCAGUGGAGGAAGAAGGGGCAGAGGUAGAGGUGGACGAUGUGGAGGCAGGAGUGGAGGGAGCUGAAGUGGAUGAGAAUCAACCAGUUCCAGAAGUGGAGAUUCAUCCAAUUCCCUCUGACGAUGAGCAGCCUCCUCUGCCAGACGAGCAGCAGCCAGCACAGCCACCUCUUCCAGCUGAAGAAGAGCCAAUGGAGCCACCUCUUUCAGCAGAGAAUUAAUUUUGUUUGUUUUUUGAUUUUUUUGUAAAGACAUGUGAUCAAUUUGUAGUAGUUAUAUUUUCUUAAUGAAAGUUCAUUUUUGAA